CUGUCAAUUCAUGAGAGUAUGACCAUGAUGGGCCUUUUUUGUCUGUCAGACGCACGUAGUUGCUAUACUGCUUCCAGUCGUUUAAGGCUGCGCUUCCUACUUGCCUAAUGCACGGAACGCAGCACGCGUUUGUCUGAGAGAGGAGGAGAACUCAGGGCUAAAGGGCUCGGCAGACUGGAAAAGAAAAUCAUGUCGAUAGAUCUGAACUGGGAGACCCUCACCGUGGGUCCGGAUGGCGAAGACCUCGCCGCCCGCAUCCGCGAUUUCAUUCACACCAAGUUCCAGACGGUGCCGCUGCCGCGCUUCAUCAAGUCGGUCAAGGUGCACGACUUCCAGUUCGGCAGCAUCCCUCCCAAGGUCACCCUCAAGGAUAUCUGCGACCCGCUCCCAGACUUCUACGAGGAGAUGCCAGAGGCCGACGAGCUGGAUGACGAGGAGGAAGAAGGUGCCGACGGGGCCGAAACGGAAGAUGGGAGGGGCCCCAACCACGUCGAUGAGGUCCCGGACGCUAUCAGGGCCGCGGAGCGGAGGCGGAAAGAGGAGCAGAGGAGGAGGUUGGCUGGCGGAGCCGGCAAUAGCAGGAGUGCCAGUCCAGCGCCGGAUCAUCUCGGCCACGUUCACACGGCGGGCCUGCGGAGCGCGCCGCAGACGCCCGAUGUCGGUUCACCCUUCUUGGGACUGGGCGUCUCGACACCCGGCAUAACUGGGGGCACGGCCAACAUGGCUCACUACUUCCCGAGCCACAUCGCGACCGGCUGGCCGUCGGGCACACAGACGCCGCUAGCUGCCGUGGCCACCUCGCAGCAUCUCAACGGGUGGCUGGAGUCGGGCGGGUCGUCUUAUCCGCAGUCGCCGUCUUCGCGAGGCACAGGAGGCGGCGGCGGCCAUAAUCGCAACCGCUCACACAGCUCGAUUAGUAUACAGGACUUCCCUGCUGCUUCACCUCCGGCAGGGGGCCCACUGAGGGAGAAACAUAGCGUGUCUACCCUUGCACCAACCUCGGCAGGCCAUUCGAGGCCGCCGACCAGGGACACGGGAGCGUUGGCGGGGAGCGCGAUCGAAGAAGAGUUCGACGAUGUGGACGGGGUCAAUGAUGGUGAUCUUGGCGACGAGGACGACGAGGAUGAGGAGGAAAGGAAAUUCCGCGAGCCGCGCAUCGAGGACCUGCAGGCCGUGUUCCGGAUCAAGUAUGCGGGCGAUAUCAAGCUCAUGCUGACGGCCGAGAUACUGCUCGAUUAUCCCAUGCCUAGCUUCGUGGGCAUACCGGUUAAAUUAAACAUCACCGGUCUGUCGUUCGACGGCGUCGGAGUUGUGGCGAAUAUCAGAAAGCGGGUUCACUUCUGUUUCCUUAGCCCCGAUGAUGCAGUUACAGCCGUCGGGGACGACGGAGAAUCGGACGAGGCGGAGGAUGGUGCCGGGCGUGUCCAAGGUGAAAAGCGACAAAAGGGUCGGAUGGGCGGUCUGCUGCAAGAGAUCAAGGUUGAGAGUGAGAUUGGACAGCGGGAAGGCAUGAAACAAAGCCUGAAGAAUGUGGGCAAGGUAGAACGCUUCGUGCUGGAGCAGGUAAGAAGGAUAUUCGAGGAAGAGUUCGUUUACCCAAGCUUCUGGACAUUCUUGGUAUAGGCAUGGAAAAGCAUUCUGGGUCGAAUUGAAGCAUGAGGCGCUGUAUAUGUUGUUGUACAUUGUUGCCAUGAAGGCGGCUAUCUAUCUAUCGCUACUCGCACAUGGCUCCUCGCUCGUUACAGCAACUCAAUUUACUCGUCAUGGAGUUUGGUCGAGCUUUGUGAUCUUAUCGACCCCAGGCAU